CGAGGCGCUCCCUGGGAUCACAUGGUACCUGCUCCAGUGCCGCGUGCGGCCCGGGAACCCUGGGUUGCUGGCGCCUGCGCAGAGCCCUCUGUCCCAGGGAAAAAGGCUGGGGCAAAAGGCGGUUGAGAUUGGCAGAGUGAAAUAUUGCUGCCGAGGAAACGUAGCAGGGCACACGUCUCGCUUCUUUGCGCCUGGGUGCCCUGUUUCUCUCCAUCACUUACUUCCUGACUGCAACCUUUCUCCCUCUGGGACUUUUGCACCAAGAGCUUCAGAUUCACUCUCCUGCAGCGCUGCGGAGCCGUCAAGCAGUGGCACCCGGUGCACUGAAGAAACCCGACCUUCCUUGCUACCUUCUAGCCAGAACUACUGCAGCUGAUUCCCCCCUCCCCCACAUUUUCUCUGCUCUUCCCAUGCAAAACAGACCUCCGUUGCCUCAGCGUCCCGCCCUUCUGCAGGGUUGCAGUUCAGCUGCCCCAAGACCUUGCUGCAAGGUGCUUCGGUUCCUGAUCGCGAGCCUCGGGGUUCACUCCCCACACUCAACCAAUAUCCAAGGGGCGACAGCGGCGAUUACAACCUCCUGUUUGUGUCAAGGUCCAGUUUGAAUGACCACUUUCAGCUGGUGAAGACAUGACGACCCUAGACUCCAACAACAACACAGGUGGUGUCAUCACCUACAUUGGCUCCAGCAGCUCCUCCCCGAGUCGCACCAGCCCCGAAUCCCUCUACAGUGACAGCUCAAAUGGCAGUUUCCAGUCCCUGACUCAAGGCUGCCCCACCUACUUCCCACCAUCACCCACUGGCUCCCUCACCCAGGACCCAGCUCGAUCCUUUGGGAGCAUGGCCCCCAGUGUGAGUGAGGAUGGCUCUCCAUCUUCAUCCUCUUCAUCCUCCUCCUCAUCUUCUUCUUCCUCCUUCUAUAAUGGAAGCUCCCCAGGGGGUCUACAGGUGGCCCUGGAAGACAGCAGCAGAGUGUCCCCCAGCAAGAGCACCAGCAGCAUCACCAAGCUGAAUGGCAUGGUGCUGCUGUGUAAAGUGUGUGGGGACGUUGCCUCAGGCUUUCAUUACGGUGUGCACGCCUGUGAGGGCUGCAAGGGCUUUUUCCGUCGGAGCAUCCAGCAGAACAUCCAAUACAAAAGGUGUCUGAAAAAUGAGAACUGCUCCAUUGUCCGCAUCAACCGCAACCGCUGCCAGCAGUGUCGCUUCAAGAAGUGUCUCUCCGUGGGCAUGUCUCGAGAUGCUGUGCGUUUUGGGCGCAUCCCCAAACGAGAGAAGCAGCGGAUGCUGGCUGAGAUGCAGAGUGCCAUGAACCUGGCCAACAACCAGCUGAACAGCCAGUGCCCGCUGGAGACCUCACCCACCCAGCACCCCACUCCAGGCCCCAUGGGCCCCUCACCACCUCCAGCUCCGGCUCCCUCACCCUUGGUGGGCUUCUCCCAGUUCCCUCAGCAGCUGACACCUCCCCGGUCCCCAAGCCCUGAGCCCACCGUGGAGGACGUGAUAUCCCAGGUGGCGCGGGCCCAUCGGGAGAUCUUCACCUAUGCUCACGACAAGCUGGGCACCUCACCUGGCAACUUUAAUGCCAACCAUGCAUCUAGCAGCCCUCUGGCCUCCACCCCACAUCAUUGGGAAAAUCAGGGCUGCCCACCUGCUCCCAAUGAUAACAAUGCUAUGGCUGCCCAACGUCAUAAUGAGGCCCUGAAUGGUCUACGCCAGGCUCCCUCCGCCUACCCUCCCACCUGGCCCCUGGGUCCUGCCCGCCACAGCUGCCACCAGCCCAACAGCAACGGGCAUCGUCUAUGCCCCACCCAUGUGUACUCAGUCCCAGAAGGCGAAGCACCUGCCAACAGUCUACGGCAGGGCAACUCCAAGAACAUUCUGCUGGCAUGUCCCAUGAACAUGUACCCACAUGGAUGCAGCGGGCGAACUGUGCAAGAGAUCUGGGAGGAUUUUUCCAUGAGCUUCACGCCCGCUGUGCGGGAGGUGGUUGAGUUUGCCAAGCACAUCCCUGGCUUCCAGGAUCUUUCUCAGCAUGACCAGGUCACCCUGCUUAAGGCUGGCACCUUUGAGGUGCUGAUGGUGCGUUUUGCCUCGCUGUUCAACGUGAAGGACCAGACAGUGAUGUUCCUGAGCCGCACACAUACAGCCUGCAGGAGCUCGGGCGCCAUGGGCAUA